UCAAUCGCGCACAUUGUUGGGCAAACGUGAAUGUUAGUGUUAUUUACAUCAGUGCUGUGAUAAAUUUGUUGCAUAAAGACUUGUAAAAAAUGAUGCGCCGUACGCCGCUCAUAGUGAUACUCGGUUCAACGGCAACCGGUAAAACGAAAUUAUCGAUUGAAUUGGCAAAACGGUUCAAUGGCGAAAUAAUUAGUGCUGAUUCAAUGCAGAUUUACAAAGGAUUGGAUAUAUCGACAGCUAAAGCAACACCGAAGGAACGUUCAAAGGCCGUGCAUCACAUGUUGGAUGUGUGUGAUAUGAAAACCAAAACAUUUACGGUGGUUGACUUUCGUGAUGCGGCACUGCCAAAAAUUGAACAAUUGCUCAAGGAUGACACAAAGCCAAUAAUUGUCGGUGGGACAACGUAUUACAUUGAAACAUUGUUGUGGAACGUGUUGAUUUCGUCAAAAGAUCGGGCCGACAGUGAAGAGAUAACGACAUUGGGUGACACAUACCGUUCAAUGCCAGUUGAAGAAAUCGUAAAAAGAUUAAAAAUUGACGAUUUAAAUUAUGACAAUCCAUUGGCAUUCCAUAACGUUCUAUCAAAAUUGGAUCCAGUAACUGCUCAAAGUUUGCAUCCGAAUAACGUUCGUAAAGUUCGUCGAGCUCUAGAGGUGUAUAUUGAGACCGGUCGACCGAUGAGUGAAAUUUUGGCUGAGCAAAAAUCUCAAAAAGGCAGUAGCUACUUGGGUGGACCAAUGCGUUUCGAACAUGUUAUUCUACUUUGGAUAAAAUCGGAUCAAGAAAAACUGAAUGCCCGCAUCGACCGACGCAUUGAUAGUAUGGUUAACGAAGGGAUGUUAUUCGAAGUUCGCGAAUGUUAUAAUUUAUUGAAAAAUGAUGGUAUCGAUCCGACCCGUGGAAUCAUGCAGGCAAUUGGUUUCAAAGAAUUCUUACCAUACCUAGAAAAAUACACCGACCAAACUUUUGAUACGGAAAUCACGGAAUUCAUUCGUGAGCACGGUGGUUUGACUGGACAAAAAAAGUUCAUAAUCAAGAAUCGAAUCACGGAUGCCCUUAAGCUGCUGGAAGAUUGUUUGGAUGAAUUGCGAUUACAAACAAAGCGUUACAGUAAGCGUCAACUCAAAUGGAUACGAAAUCGUUUGGUAUCGACAAAGGGACGUUAUGUACCGCCCGUUUAUGAACUGGAUAGUACGGAUGCCGAAACCAAUUGGCAUACGAAUGUUUUUAGUAAAGCCGAGAAUAUCAUUCAAUCAUACAUUGACAAUGUUGAAGCGAAUGUGAGACCAGCAGAGAAAAAAGAGCAUCCGGCUGCCCAUUUGAAUAUGCAUGUCACGCAUUUUUGCGAUGUUUGCAACAGACGUUUCGUUGGUGACUUAGACUAUAACAUUCAUCUGAGUUCGGCAACACAUUGGAAAGCAAUGGAAAAACAGCGUAAGCUAGCGUCAGCUGCUGCUGCUGCUGCUACUGCAGCCAACAAACUUAGUAAACGUUCCAUUUUCACACAAAUCAUUCAAAGCAUAUGGGAUUAUUGUAACCGGACGAGAAUUAGAAUGGUUUCGUUCUUUUGGAAAUAGGCGUUUAACAGAGCGAUUUAAGCGAUUAUUUUCUACCAAAGUGUUGAAUUUGUAGUCAUUUUUCGAUUCGAAUAAAGAAAAGACAAAACUGAAA